CGUAUCUCUUUUUUUCUUGCAGCCACCCCCCAAAUUAUUAUUCCUUUUAAAACAUCAUCAACUUUGUGGUGGAUUUCGUGACUUGGCAACGUAGGAGGAACAAACAAGGAUGAACGCAAACCUUCUCAGAAACUUGUCCUUCCACGCGCGCCGUCUUCGUUUCUCUCCCACUCCUUCCAUCUUCUCUCCUACAGCUACAGCACCCACCUCCUUCUCUUCUCGCUCCCAUGUCCCCGACAAACCCCACUCCCUCCUUGAAGACAUUAGCAACGAAGAGUUGAAGAGGCGUGUGGCAAAGCUUCAAGAGGGGGAUGCUGAGGCAAUUCCUUCUGUGUUUGAGGCUAUAUUGCAGAGGUAUUUAGCAGGGAAGCCUAUAGAAGCUGAUGAGGAGUUGAUGAGGGAAAUUCUAGGGAAGCGGGCAUUGUCGGAAGAUGAAGAGGACGAGUCUGAUUCUGAUUGGGAGGAAAUAGAUGACACUGAUAAUGAUGAUGAAGAAGAUUUUGAUCCUGGUUUUAAUGGAAGGAAUGGAGUUGAUGAAGGAAAAUAUAAGAGAUGAUUGAACUCUGCAGUGGGUGUCAAGAUUUCAAAUCAGCCUUGGAUUGACUGUGUUGUAAAACAUAUAACAGGAGGUGGCUAUGGUUACUGCUGUUAAACUAUAUGGAGCUUGCUUUUUAUUCUUUAGUUUGUAGCGUUUUUAUGAGCUGCUAACAUUUUCUCAUGGUUAGAAAUUUUGUGGUCAAUCUCAACCAUGAAAUUACAUCAUACAUACUAUAAUACUGCUCUUGCUAAUUAAUGCUGUACAUCUUAUGGUAGUGGCAUUUCAUUUACUUCGAA